GCAGAUCGUCCUCAGUAGUUGCCCAAACGCUGUCACGGGCGUAGCUGGAUGCUGGAUUGUCUCUCUCUCUCGUGCGCGCGCGUGCCGCAGGGAGGUGCUUCCUUUUCUUCUUCCUCUUCCUCCUAACCUCGUCCUACUCGUCGCCUGUAUCGUCGACAUACGCCGUGGACGUCACGAUUCUUCGAUGCUGCGGAUAUCGUGCGACUCGGUCAUCAGUUCACCAUCCUAACGAGAAGAAGAAAAGGUGCCGGAGAAAAGGGAGGCCGAUGAGGUUUCCUGCCGGUCGGUGAGAGAGAGAGAGAGAGAGAGACAGAUAGUGAGGGUGAUAAAGGGGGAAAGAGAGAGAGAAAGAGAUAGAGAUAGAAAUAGAGUGAGACAGUGAAAAGGAUUUGACAAGGAAAGCCAUACUGAGAGAAACAACGAGAGACCGGUAAAUCGGGAAACAAAGAUGGUGUUAGAGAAAUAGACAAAUAACGAGGGGAAUACGAAAGCAGCAGAGAAAAAUUCGAAAGGAAAGCUGUCCGGGAGGGGUGGAGAUGUGUUGAAGUGUGUUCUUGUGUAUAUAUAUGGUGCAGUGCGGUGCUGUGCUCGAGAGAGAGAAUGGCGUGGUCGGAUUUCGCGUGCACCUUGCCGUGACGUGGAAAGUCGGCACUGAAAGAGUCGGGCGCUAAGCUGAGGAAUGGAGGGAACGUGGCAGUGGGAGCAGCGAAAGCACUGCCAUAUCAUUCUGCUCAACCCUUUGUCGUACGUAAAGGAGAACCCGGAACAGGCUGCAGAUGAACGAAAGCGGCUGGAAGGUAGUCUCUGCAAGGAAGAAGACACCCUGAAGAAGAGGAGUCGCGUGCCGGGUCUGUAGCGCUCGGUAAAGAGAGGAGGGGCCCCCCCGAGCAUCAUCAGAAAGGAGAAGGGGUCGUCAUGGGCCCGGCACACCAAAUCGUACCCCACUGAGCGAUGCAAGUAGUUAGGGCCGGGGCCCUGCUAGUGAGCAUGUGGCUCACUAGAGAAUGAAGAAGCAAAACGUCCGGACCCUAUCGUUGAUCGUCUUCACGUUCACCUACCUCCUCGUCGGCGCUGCAAUCUUCGACGUUCUCGAGUCCGAGACGGAGAAACGACGCAAGGAAGCAUUGGACGCCAUUGAAAAAAUGGUUAUACGCAAGUACAAUAUAAGCGAGGACGACUUCAAGAUCAUGGAAACAGUGGUGCUGAAGACGGAACCUCAUAAAGCAGGUCAACAGUGGAAAUUUGCCGGAGCGUUUUAUUAUGCGAUCACGGUCCUCACCACUAUUGGUUACGGACAUUCGACGCCGAACACCAUAAGCGGUAAGCUGUUCACGAUGUUCUACGCGAUCGUUGGUAUCCCGUUAGGGCUCGUAAUGUUCCAGAGCAUAGGAGAGCGUUUGAAUAAAUUCUCGUCCGUCGUUAUACGGAACGUAAAGAAGCUACUUAACUGUAAGGAUGUCCAGGCCUCAGAAAUAAAUCUCAUCUGCGUGGUGACGACCUUGUCUUGCUUAACGAUUGCGGGAGGUGCCGCUGCUUUCUCUCGAUACGAGGGGUGGUCGUAUUUCGACUCCAUCUAUUAUUGUUUCAUCACCCUGACCACCAUCGGUUUCGGCGACAUGGUCGCGCUUCAAAAGGAUAACGCGCUGAACAAUAAGCCGGAAUACGUGAUGUUCGCCCUGAUAUUCAUUUUAUUCGGCUUGGCCAUAGUCGCCGCCUCCCUCAAUUUAUUAGUGCUGAGAUUUGUCACAAUGAAUACGGAGGACGAAAGGCGGGACGAGGCUGAGGCUCUACAGGCUGCGCAAGGAGCGGUGCGCCUGGAGGGCGACGUAAUAACGGCGAACGGCUCGAUACUGUCGGGCCAAGUGGGGAACCACGGUGACACGAUAUCGCUGGACGACGAAACGUCGGUCUGCAGCUGCUGCUGCAGCGGAUUCCAGAAGAAACGGCGGAGACCACGGUUCACCGUACGCCGCUCGCCCGGUAAGAUAUCGCACCUGCUGCCGAUGCAGCAGCUGCCCACGUUGAAUGUGCGCAGUGACCUACGCCCGCCGCCGUUGACGCCGUUGCUGCAACUGCCUCCGUUGCAUCAACACCGUGCAAGUAUCUGACGACCGUCGGCCGGUGUCGGUGAUAAGUUCUCGCAACAACAACAACUGCCGCGACGGGUGUCCGUUUGAGAGCCUCUUCCCCUCCUUCCCCGGAGGAACAAGAAGGAUGGACAGAUAUCGCGGAAGGAUGUGGAUAGGGAUGGAGAGAGAGUGAGAGAAGAGAAUCUUUCUUCGACCCGCUUCAACGAAUUUCAAUUAUCAAAGGGAUCGCUAUCGCACCCUAUCGCCUAUCGAUUUUGACGAUCGCGAGUAAUCGUACCGCAAUAUCGAUAACGUUUGAAAAUAUAUUUCUUUUGAUUUUUUUUUUCCGUUCGUGUUGCAUAUCGUAUUUGUUUAGAAAGUGGAAGGGAAGAUACGUGUGUUAUGUUCUUUUUUUUUAUGGAUCGUAUCAUUCAAAGAAGAUGGAGAAUUUUUUUCGUUUUGAUUAUGAUAGGAUCAUUGAGGCACGGUUAUUGCGAGAUAAUCGCACGAGUGACGAGAUUCUAAUCGACCGUUCUUUCGAUUUCUUGAGAUUUCAUCGAGUUAUUUUUUUUUCCCCCCUCAAAAUUUGGAAAUUGGAAUUUUAAACGAGUAGAGAAAAUUGAUCGAAGAAAAUAAUGCUAAAGAUAAGAAAUAAGUAUAUGCAAAGAGGACGGAAUCCAAGUGCUUCCUAUAUCAUGCUCUUCUAUUUUGAAAGAAAAAAAAGGAUCAUAAAUUAAUGAAACGAUCUUCCAUUGAAUUAUUUAUCAUUCAGAGUAUUAUUAUCAUAUAUGAGGGAAUGGAAAUUGGAAUCUUGUCACAAAUGCGAUCAGGCGUUGAAUUGGUUCUCAGAAGCAAGUGUUGUGCAUGUACAAACGAAAAAAAAAAAAAAAAGAAUAAAAAGGAUGCGCGAGUGAUCAUGUGUUCCGUAGCCAAGAAGCAUUAAAACAAACAAACAAAC